AAGCUCUGCGAAAGAUUGAAACAGGUGGCCACUUUGGUGCUCGUCUGCGUGCUUGGUCGUUUUUGUGCUCGACCCCUGUCGAUCAACCUCCGCGUGCAGAGGUAGCCAAUGAAGGAACUCCCGAGUCACUAUUGUGUUUUUCACUGGACAGUUCUUCAUGGGGCGGAUGGUCCAAAGUGUCCAAGGACAGGGAUUUGCGCAGGAUUUUCAUCUCUAGGGGUGUUGGAAUAGUGUCGGGAAGGUGCAGCAAAAUACGUAUAUCUGCUGGGAGAUCUAUUUAUUUUGAGAGAAAAAGUCAGCCAGAAAGGGCGGCUUGCUAUUCUUUAGUAAAUAAUUACUUCAUGGGCAAGCAAGUUUCUAGGGCAGUUCGAGUCAGGCGAUGUGGGGUCGCAGGUCGUAGGCAGGUAUAGGUAUAACUCGAGCAGUCUUAUGAAGUCGUUGAACGGGAUCCCCGCCUGAUUCUGGAAAGGGGUGCGACCAUAUGCUUCUCCAUGCUACCCCCUUUAGGAGGAUGUUUAGUCAGAAGACCCUUACACGUUUUCCAUGCAACGCCUCGAGUAUGGGCGCGACUCUGAAGACCUGUCCUGGUGAGAGGGUGUCCAGGCUUUUUUUCUUAAAGAAAAAAAAAGAAGAAAGAAAACAGCGGCAAGGGCCUUUUGCCAGGUGCCGCGUUCGGGAGACGAUGGCCCUGAAGGGAACCUCGUGCUUGUGAGUCUUAGCUUCGUCAUUUCGAUCCUGGAUCUUUCGUUCUCCAUGCCUGCCCCUUCCAGAUCUUUCUGACUACCUGUUCUGUCGGUAUUGGCUGGGCUUCUUUUCAGAGAUACGAAGUUACGAAGUAUCAACUGCUUUGGCGACCCUUUGGCGACUAGAACGACAAAUUUGGAUCAGCCUCUAGAAGGCGUAGAUGGUGUCCCUUUAUUUCGUUAACGACUUGCCUAAGUUCCAUUUGACCGAUACCGAUCUCAAAAAGUAUCGCAAUCAGAACAAAAAAAGAAUAUAUCUAUAUAUAGAGAGAGAGAGGCAUCUCGAUACGAACUCCGAGUGAUCGAUAUGCCUUCGACCAAUCAGGUUCAGUAGAUGUUGUAGUUUGUCAACAAUAAACAUCUCUCUUCGCUUCAACUUUUAUUUAUUAUUUUUAUUUAUCUUAUUUUUAUUCGUUUCUUUUCCUUUCUAUCUUUUCGUCGACAACGACACGACUUUAGCUUCCUCCUCUCACGUUCCUGGCGCUCCUCCACCUCUAGAUGUCGAGAGUAAAUCAGAAAUUAAAAGCUAUGUUUUCUACGAGCACCGUAGCGAGUUAAACAAUUUUCUUAUCUGAAUGCGCUCGCAAUCAACGACAGUUUGAAAACGAAAUAAAAGUCUGUGGCCAACCAGGAGGCACGCUAUCUGUUCGCUCUUCGUGAGACGCCGUUUAUCGUGUCCUGUUCUCCAACAACUGAUGGAUGAGAUGGUCUGCAACUAUGCCGGCGUGUUUCACCGUUCCCCUUACUUCUUACCGUCCUGUUACUGGAAGCCCUUCUGUAACACGUGUCCACGUGACAGUUCGACAUUACGUCACCACAAAACAUGUUACAUAUAGACAUCUCCUCACAAAGCAACAAGGACGCGCUGAGAAUAAAUGAAAGUGAUUCACGGUUUAGCGCGGUGGCUUCAAAGACGUCGUCUGCUAGGUAAUAAGAUGUCGUCUGCUGCGAAGGCGAGUGAUCUCUAGCGCGUUGCAUUCGAUGACGACGGCGCACAAAGCUAGAAAAUGUGAAUGUGAGAUACGUGAAAUAUUAGUGUAGAAAUAGAGUUUCUGUGAAAAUGUUGAUACAGUGCACGAAAAUAUGUUCCGUGAACAAAACCCUAAUAGUGAGAGACGCAGAGCCAUUUUCGUUUUCCGCAGGUGUGCAUGGGCAAACUUACCGUGAUGAAGAAAGCCUAUCUUUUUCUCUCUCUUUUUUUUUUUUUUUUUCGUGUUAGCAUCGCAAAGCAACAGUGGCUAUGAGUGGCGUUGUUUUCUAUCGAUCCAUUGAUCACAGGGUACAACAUCCCCGGUGUGCACCAUUUGCAGGCACCGGAUAAGCUACUGCAACAACGCUGAAUAGCCCUAGAGUGUGUGAAUCACAAGUUCAACUCAUAGCCUCGUACCAUAGCCGUGAGCCAAGCAGCACGAACGUGACCUAUACUAACCUCACUAAGCUAACCUUGGCUAACUUCACCUAAACCGACAUCGCCGCCGUCUCCUCACCGCUACUGUCGCUGGAGUUAAUGCCGUAGUUGAGCCCAGCCGCCGGCAGUUCAUUAACCCCCUUAUCCUCUAAAAACAAAAACAAAAAAAAAACAAUCUGUCCAGCGUUUUAAACAUCCCAGCAACACAUCCUGAUUAGGACCCCUUCCCACGGUCUCACUUUCUCUCACAUUUCUUCUCCUCUCCCUCGUCUGUCAUCUCGGCGGCGUCAAAUUCUCUCACGGCGUGCAUUUCAAGUUGCGUCACACGGUGACAUUUAUCGGCUCAGCAGUCAGUGUCGCUUAAAAGAUGUAACCGCGUUCAGAAUCUCGCCCAAGUUUCUCGCAGUGGCUAUGUUGCAGACGACAUUUGUGGGAAAUGUGACAAGAAUCGCGCAGACGACAACGCGCGACGCUGUGCCCGUUUAGCAGACGACAUUGCUGCUGUGAUCGUUUGCUUCGAAUGGACAGGAUUUCAUCACAUUCGACGAUCUUCGGCUGAGAAAAAACGACAGUGAAGCGGAAAACCACGUAGGAGCUGCAACGCGAUACUUUGUUUUCGUUCAGCAGACGAUUUCUUUUCUUCUUUUGUGUUUUUUUUGUGAAAGUGUCGUCUUGAUCCGAAGCUUCCAGUUCCGCAUACCUAUAGUUCCGUCUCUAUCAUACGUGCGAUGGUUGCAAACAACAAGCUUGACGUGCAGUCUAACCGCAUCGGUGUUUGAACCACGAUGGAUUGUACUGAAAUAGUAAACGGAUCCCCAACUACCGUGAUUUCAGAAUUUCCGCGAGAUAUCCAGGAUUGUUCGGGUAAAUAAUGCCAGUGUUACGAGAAUCUGAGCAUUUGUGUCGAUGUACAUGACUACCGACGUCUGCUAGAGAGAAGACUGAACUCUAUCUGCCCAUUCGUUCGCGAACCAUUCAGAAGCUUUCCAGGAGAGUCGCAGACGAAAUAUGAGCACGACCUAGCGUGGCGUUUCUGUUUUGCUGAAAUGCGGUUACGAUGGUUGAACUUUUCGGACGGACGAACUAGUGGACAGUCCCCUCCGUGAUAUCUGAGUCCGAGAGCCCUUCCAUGGCACAGAGCAUCGCUGUAGGCCUUUUUGUCGUUGCAGUCGCCGUGGUUGGCAUAGCGGGGAACUUGCUGACCCUGGUUGCCCUGGCAACAUCCCAACGGGUCCGCAGUGCCUCCGCUGCCUUCAUUGCCAGUCUCUCCGUGGCAGAUCUUCUCUUCUGUGCGUUGAACCUUCCCUUUUCAGCAUCCAGGUUCCUCCAUGGAAGUUGGGCCCACGGAGAACGACUCUGCUGGGUCGUCGCAGCGGGACGCUAUUUUAAUGUCGGCAUCUCGCUCUUGUCCAUCACAGCCAUCACCGUAAACAGGUACGUCCUAAUCGUCCAUCCCGGCGCCUACGAGCGUUUGUACGGCCGUCGAAGCAUCAUCGCUACCGUAGCUUUCACUUGGGUGCUGCCAGCAGUAGUCCUGAUACCGACAGCCCUCGGGGCCUGGGGACGCUUCGGAUUGGAACCUCAACGUCUCAAUUGCUCUAUCGUUCCGGUGGAAGGAAAAUCUGCCAAAGCAUUUCUCUUCGUCUGCGCUUUCGUGGUACCCUGUCUCGCGAUCAUCGUUUGCUACGCCAGGAUCUUCUGGACUGUCCGCAAGUCGAGAUUGCAACUAGCCUCGCACCAGGGCGAAGCUGCCAAGAGACGAAAGGACGAGUGGCGACUUACCCGUAUGGUGCUCUUCAUCUUUUGUUCCUUCGUCGCGUGUUAUCUGCCUAUCACCAUUGUCAAGGUAGCUGACCCGGAUGUUCUCUACCCGAGCGUCCACCUAGUCGGUUACGUCCUCCUCUACUUGAGCGCAUGCGUCAACCCCCUCAUCUACGGUGUCACCAAUCAACAGUACCGACAGGCUUACCACUCAACGCUGGCACCGUGCUUUCCGUGUCUUCUAGCACGACGCCAUGGAAGCAGCCAUUACGGCUCGGAAGAGAACACACCGGCUAAGACUAUGGUCUCUGUUAUCGCGAUGCACACACUAAGCGAGGCCUAAAAUGUCAGCGGAUUGAGUGAAAGUCGCCUGCAAAUAGUCGAGCCGAUUCAUCACGUGUGAUGUGAUGAGCAGAAUAGAUGAUACACUUAAUGUAUUAGCUCCAUGAUAAUGGGAGUAUGCGACAGCUUAAAGUAAUACGCUCUCAGUGGGAGUGUUCUUUUUUUUUUUUUUUCAUCAACAUCAACAUCAGCAAAAUUAUUUAGAUGAUAAUGGCGAUGAAAUAAUAGAAGGCAGAUAUCAUGAUCAACAUCUACAUCAACAGAAUUAUUUGGAUGACAAUGGGGAUGAAAGAAUCCAACGCAGAUAUCAUGAAAUUGAACGGAUGAAUGAGAGAUGAUAUCAUGGUGUGAAAUGGUGAAACAGUUCAUGCGUGGGAUCAAAUAACGACUCAACGAAUUGAAGAAUGUGCCAAGAGUGAAUGUGUCAGCUGACGAAGUCACGUGGACGGGAACUGCCAAUCGUCGAAGAAAACAAAAAAAUUGGUUUAGUGGACAAAAUAUCUCGUAUACUAUUUGUUUUGUUCUUUCAUUGGUUUAUAGGGUGUUAUCACCUUAUAGACGCGGAUUUUUUUUCCUUUUGCAGGAGCACCGCGAGAAACAAACAAAUAAAUAAAGUCAAAAUAAAAUAAAAGAUGUGUGUCA